AAAAACUCUUUCCCCUUUCCAUUUUUUCACAUAGAAAUCCGCAGUUAAAUACUGUUUUUUUUACUUACCCUUUUUUACGUUUGUUAACGCUCGAGAAGAAAGAGGACCACUGGGUGGCCUCUUAUGGAAAGGUUCUUCUCCUUAUUACCCGACCUCUGAAAGAAGUUUUUAUAAUAAAAUAUUUUUUUAUCUCACACCCAUACAACAUAUUGAAAAAUAUGGCUUCUUUUUUUCCUAAACAUAUUUCCUUGGGAAAAUUUUCUUUCGAUGUCUCAUUCCACAAAUUUCACGUGACUAGACCCAAACGGGCUGGAUGUAACAAGAUUUAUGAAAUCAGGAGAUCAAAAAGUUUCUUUUUUGAGCUAGUCGAUCCUUCAACAAACACCAAUGAUAUUCAUCUUAAAAUACACACAAAUGAUUAUCACAUGAAAUCGACCCCUAUUAGCUACUCUUCCACCUGUAGCUUUCCUAAUCUGAAAUACCAGAUUAGUAAGAUGUUACAACAUUUUUUUUCUCAUCAAAAAGUCAUCCCACGCUCCAUUCAAAAGAGAUAUUUUAAUCUUAUUCGUUCUAAAUUACUCGAUAGAUACUUCAUUAUCAAAUCACGUGCUGACAGUGUCACACAAAGAAAUUCCCGCACAAAAACUUUCUUUAACUUCUCCUAUAAACGUUAUCGUUUUCACUUUGGUAUUUUUAUACCAUGUAAUUUUCGUACCACUCACAAUUUUGGAAUUGAACACACACAGUUGUGUAGUGUCCCCUCCCCUUUCAUCAUGUCUCAUAAUAGACGCACUUGUGUUUCUCAUCAUAAAAACUUAGAUAUUUUUCACAAUAUCAAGAAUCACACGCCGAUACCGAAUAAUAACACUAAUAACAACAAACGAUUCCAUGCAACCCUUAUCCAUAAACAAUGGCAACGUCGUGUUAAAAAACACGUUUAUUCAAAUCGUCUUGGAAUUUCCUACGAUAUUUCAUAUUCAGCUAAUGGACAUAAAUAUCUUACCACAUACAACGAUCGUCGUAUGUACCGAAAACGAUUGGACAACUUCCGCUCACACCACUCUGAUAGUAGUAAAAGGAGUAAAAAACAAAAAUCCCGUUUUCAAAGGGCAUGUAGAUAUGUUUUUUACAAUCGCGGUAAAAACCGAAAAUCUCAUAGACGUGUGAAUACUCUUGAGGAAAAGCUUCACCGUGCUAGACAACAUCGUUUCCUAUUUUUACCUUCACAACAUGUUAAUAAACCUAUACAACAUCUAAAAUAUCAUAAAAAAUUAGUGCUCAGAGACGAGGAACAUUACAAUUUUCCUAUACCCCCUGCACCACGCAGACCUCUAGGUGUAAAUGCCGUUUUAAACAAAACUAUUGACCGACUGCGUCGAUUAAGUCCAGGGAAUAAUUCAAUUAGUACUUCAAAUACUCACUCACCUGCCACCACCUUACAACCCAUUCUCCUCAAAGAAGAGAAUACGUGGCAUGAGACGUUGGGCAUCUGGAUUCCUAAUGACCUCUUCCCUUAUGUAACCGAUGAACCUGUCUAUAUAUCUAAAAGACAGGCUACUCUCAAAGGUCGACAACAUGCUCCAGGCAGUACGGAGUGGUUAAAAGUUAUUAGAAACCGUAAAAAGGCUCAUGAAUCGGCCGAUCGCCAAGAAAAAGAACGUCUUCUUCGUGAAGAAGACCUUUCCGCUAGAGCUAAACUCUGGGGUACCUCUUCCAACAGUAUAGAAUACCGUGAAGAAAUGACGAAAGAUCUCACUAAAUUUCAAGAACAUUAUCACAAAAAAAUCACACCUCUAAUUGAGCGUCAUGCUGUUCUAGAGAACAGAAUCACACAAGGAAAAAACGUUUACAAAACCAACAAACAGUUGCUCCAAUUGGAGCGCGAAUUAGGAGUUUUCAAAAUCGACUACUUCUCAGUCAUAGAUGACAAUGGUUACCAUUAUCGUUACAAAGGACACACAUCCGAUGAUACGAAACAACUUGAGCUCAGACCACACAAACGUCCGUCUAACCUAACUAUAAAUAUAGAUAGGCACAAUACUGAGAUCAAAAAAUUGAGACUAGAUAUUCCGUCUCCUGAAGACUCUAAAGUCUUCGCUUCACUUUAACCCCAUUCGGUCACCACUAUCAGCUUAUUUUUUUAUUUUAGUGGCACGCUGAUAGUUAUAGAUUUAUAUUAUUUCUGCCACAUUUUUACUAUUGACUUGUAAUUCAUUACAUCUUUUUUUUUUGGGUUAUCCCCACGUACAAAUUUUAUACCAACGUACAACAAUUAGAAUAGUGUUAACCAUUCCACCUAUUACAGUAUUUACAGGUGGCGGUCUUUCAUGACCGAAAGAAAAAUACGGAUCGUUCUUUUUUUUUUGUUUCGAUUGACCUUUCUUUGGUUUAUUAGGAUGUGAUGUCGUGUUAGGGACUCCUCCAAGUUCGUUGAAGGUACCAGAGUGGCGCUGUCCUCGGGCGGUUUGAUUAUAGCUUAGUAUUAGAUAGCGUUCGAC